AUGUUCGCUUUCAAGAAUGUCUUUGCCUCCGUCUUCCUCGCGGUUCUCUGCGCCAGCACUGCAUCUGCGGGCCCUUUCCCCGCCCACUCCAAGUUUGCGACCCACCGCUCACGAGAGCUCACCCGGGACUUCAAGCUCGAGACUUACCACCCUGAGUCUUCCUAUGAGACUUUCGGGGCGGGCGUGGACCACCCGCUGUCGAAGCGCGCCGACGCCUCAAUCGAGGACUCCGCAGUCGCCUUCGUUCAGUCGCGCAUCAAGGGCCUCGCCGCGGACGCGGUGACCGUCAAGUCGUCGCACACGACCGACGCCGCGAGCCACGUCUACGUCAAGCAGACCCUGGCCGGCAUCCCGUUCGCCAACGCGGUCGCGAAUGUGGCCUUCAACAAGGAGAAAAAGGUCGUCGCCUUCGGGUCCUCCUUCGUUGAUAUCCCCAGCUCGAUGGCCAAGAUUUCGACCGAGCCCUCGGUCACAGCCGCAGGCGCGAUCGCCAGCGCGGAGGACACCCUUGCGGGAACAUUCGACGCGGAAGAGUUCCCCGAUCCCGCGCUCGAGUGGGUCGCGAAGGACGACGGCUCGGCCGUCCUUACCCACGUCUUCCAGGUCCGCAACGAAGAGGCGGGUACGUGGUACGAGGCGUUUGUCGACGCACACUCCGGCGAGCUCGUAUCGGUCAUCGACUUCGUGACCAAGGCUUCGUACCGCGUCCUCCCCAUCACGAAGGAAGUCCUCACUGAGGGCUUCGAGGUCGUCACCAACCCUCAGGAUACCUCCGCUUCGCCCAACGGCUGGCACACCGGCACGGACACCCAGGGCAACAACGUCAUCUCCUACAAGUCGUCACAGAGCUCGACGACGUCCCAGUCGGCCUCCGACCUCCUCUUCGACUAUCCGGUGGACACGUCUGCGCAGCCGACGACGACCGGGAACGUGAACGCAGCGCGGGUGAACACGUUCUACGUCGUGAACACGGUGCACGACGUGACGUACAAGUACGGGUUCACCGAGUCCGCGUACAACUUCCAGGCGGACAACUUCGACGAGGGCGGCAAGGGCGGCGACCGCGUCACGGUCUCCGUCCAGGACUCCGCCGGGACGAACAACGCGGACUUCUCGACGCCGCCCGACGGCCAGCCCGGGGCGAUGCGCAUGUUCACAUGGACGUACACGAGCCCGCGGCGGGACGGCGCGCUCGAGAACGACAUCGUCAUCCACGAGGACACGCACGGGGUCACGAACCGCAUGACCGGCGGCGGCACCGGCCGCUGCCUCCAGAGCACCGAGGCUGCCGGGAUGGGCGAGGGCUGGUCCGACGCGAUGGCCGACUGGUUCCACAAGACGUCGUCGUCGGUGCCGGACUUCGUGAUGGGCCAGUACGUGAUCAAUGACGGUGCCGGGAUCCGCAACUACCCGUACUCGACGUCGGCGGUGAGGAACCCGCUGACGUACGCGUCGAUCAAGACGCUGAACGAGGUGCACAACAUCGGCGAGAUCUGGGCGAACCUGCUCCACAACGUGUACGGCGCGCUCGUCGACGCGCUCGGGUUCUCCGCGGCGGCGCACACGGACCCGAGCGGCGGGGCGGGCAACGUCGUGUUCCUGCACCUGUUCGUCGACGCGCUCGCGCUGCAGCGGUGCAACCCGACGUUCGUGAGCGCGCGCGACGCGUGGAUCCAGGCGGACGCGAACCGGUUCGGGGGCGCGAAUACGUGCACGCUUUGGAAGGCGUUCGCGAGCAAGGGCCUGGGCGUGAAGGCGGCGAAGUACAACGACGACAGCACGCUCCCUUCGGAUUGCUGA